AUGUCGAACAAUACGGAAAAGCCUCAUACCUCCCAGGAGGAGGAUGACGAUGAACCUGAUGAGUGGGACAAGCGCAUCUUCAGCACCGGCUGUCACGCCGAGCAGGACAAGAUGAACGACUGCUAUUUUGCAAAGAAAGACUGGCGCGAGUGCAAGCAGGAGAUGGAGGCCUUCCGCGAAUGCUGGAAGCAAAAGGGCAACGACCAGCGAACACAGACGAAAGACGCGUGA